UGACUCCCUGCCGUGAUGCGGGUCACGUGUGGUAGUUGGUCACGUGCAAAGGCUCCGCUAGUAUCUUUGGUCACGUGUGGCGGGCGGGCGGUUGGUCACACAGAAGCCCCGGCCCCUCCCCUGAUGGUGGUUUCUCAGCUCUCGCCGUGCGGCGGCUCACGAAGCCGGGGGUUGGCGACGGCCGUGCAGCCAAUCCUUAACGGUACCCAGAGAAGAGUGAAAAAUAAGAAAAUGUUACAGUUUGCAGAGAUGAUGUACCUUCUAGUCUACCUAUGUACAAUAUGGAGUGUGUUCACAUCUUUCAGGAUAUGUGAAGCUGUGCCAUUCCAGUCACAAAAGAAUACAACAAAUAAUUUGCACCCAAGACCUUGCUGGGAAAUUGAAGAAUACAGCAUUGUAAGAGAAUGUAGUCCUUGCACUGAUUACGAAAAGACCGUGCAUAUAGAAUGUAAAUUUACUGGAUUUGUUGAAGAUGUAAAAUGUACGAAAGACCACAGAUACAGAAGCUGUCGUUCAGUUGCAAUGGAGGAAGUGAAAUUCUGGAAGUUUGAAGGAAUUGUUGUUUUGGUUGGUGUAAUCUUUGCCAUCAUUGUUACUUACCGACAAAGAACCCUAGACAGGCAUGCUGAACAAAAAGUACGACGACAGCUUGAAGAGAUUUAGUUUUACAACAGUUACUGACACUGCUUUUGCAUCUACAGCCGUUCAGGUUUUUCAGUGUUUUAUCCUUUUAUAUUCACCAACCACCCAUUGAUGUUGUAGGAAAUAUUAUUCUGUCUUAAAAUAGCUUUCAAGGCAGUCAAAAAUGUUAGGAUAUAAUUACUUUGUGUUAGACAUUAAAUGUGUAUAAUAUUUAUAUGGAGAGGUAAAUUGUAAUAUAAAAGUUCUAUUUAUGUAGACUAUAAAAUGGAAGAGAAUAGUUUGUUCGGUACCUUAUUUUAUUAGAUGUUAGGAAAUUUGAUUAAGAGUACUUUUUCAUAUCUAUAAAAGUAUAUUGGUACUGAUUUCUGUACAAAGUUCUUGUGCCAGUGUUAUUUUUUGUACUUUGAACUGAAUUUACUUGUUUGUAUUCCACCCCACCUGCCACUGUUCUCCCCUCCACUAACCUAACAGGAAAAAGUAUUUUAAUUAUUGUAUAAAAUGCAAGAUAAAUUGUCACUGGGUUUGUUUGCAGAUAAUAUUUUGAAGAAAUAAAGUACAACACCCAAGAACUGCCUGUUGUGUUUCGUCUAGGAAUCUAUUUUUCUUUAAAUAAGUUUACUCUGCAUUUUAUAUCUUGCCUGGGACCUUCAGAUUCUCAACGGGCAUGACCAACCUGAUUGAGUA